CCAAACCUCUCUCUCUCAACGCAUUCAUCAAUCCUCAUAUAUACUACAGAUCUUAAGAUUGAGUUUGCGAUUUGCUUUCAUUUUGAGUGAGGAAUAUGGAUGCUGCCGAAUUGCCCAGCAUAAAGAAGUGGAUUGUGAUGUAUCCCGUUUACAUAAAUUCCAAGAAAACGGUGGCAGAAGGAAGGCGCAUCGCACUCACCAAAGCGUGCGAAAACCCUACUUGUGCUGAAAUUGGUGAUUGUUGCAGCUAUCUUAAAAUCCCUUUCGCAAUCGAGAUAGAUAAGGCUUACCCUCGUGAUUUCAUGCAAAGAGGGCGAGUGAGGGCAUUGCUCAAAAAAGAAGAUGGCACUCUCUUUAAUCCCUCCAUUUCAUCCAGAAAGCAACUAAUGCUUCGCGUUGCAGAGAUGGUACCAAGACAUCAUGGAAGGACUAAAAAGCAGGAGGCUGCAUCAACAUCAACCGCCGGACCUUCCAACAAAUCUGGGAAGGGUGGAAAGAAGAGAAGAUAGUUGUGUUUGAAAUGCCGUCACAUGUUGAUAUUAGGGUGACUUGCCGGAUGUAUUAUCUGUUCUAAUAGGAUUAAGUAUCCCAACUAAGUUGAAUUUUUC